GGCGCCUCCCUCCGUAUUAAUGCGGCACCUGACGCCGUGCGGGGCGCUGUGAGGGAGUCGUGCUUCGCGCUGGGUGUUUUAUAGCCGGAUAGCGGUGGUUGUUGGGAUUAAGGCACAGGCUGGAUGGUAUAUUUAUAUUUAUAUACAGGCUGUGUGUCAUUAGAUCUCGCUGGCUCUCCGUUACCGGACCCGGUCCAGUCUUUACGAUGAAGGCAUUGACUCCGGCGCGGCCCCCUGGCGUCUCCGCCGCCUGCGACGCGCUGCCCCCGGCUUGGGGGGACGCGACGCACCGGCUCCGCGGCAACAUGAGCGGCUGCUAUAGCCGGCUGCGGCGCCUGGUGCCCACCAUCCCGCCGGACAGGAGGCUCAGCCGCGUGGAGAUCCUGCAGCACGUCAUCGACUACAUCCUGGAGCUGCAGAGCGCGCUGGAGACGCACCGGGCGAUGCUGCGCCGACGCCGGGGGACCCCCGCGACCCCACGGACCCCGCUGACGGCGCUCAACCUCGGGCAGGUGAGCCUCUGCACCGGGGUUACAGUUUCCGGCUGCAUCCAUAGCCCAGAAGCAGGAAGAGGCAGCUUCAUGUACCCCAAGCGCGGCAGAAUGGUGCCCUGAAAGCUGAUCGGGAGUUUUGAGAUGUCACGAGACUUGGUGACAGAGUGCGGCCUGGUGGUCUGGGCAAGUAAAAUGGAACCAGAUGACGAGUUUGACUCAAGCCAAACAUAUGACCAAAACCUAAGUCGCGGGGCCGGGGGGGGGUGGGGGGGGACUCCACUUUGAAUAUGUGCUGGAUAAUUUCAUGGGCAUUUAACCGAUAACAAAGGAUCCCUUUAAGAGACGAAGUUAACGCUGACAGCUUUAUCGAAGGACACCGUUCGCUGACUUGUUUAAAACAGGUGAGGCUCACUGUGUUCCCUCGUGAGACGUAGACUACCUUAUGGCUGCCGUGGGUUUCCCGCCAUUUUACGUCUCAGUACGGAUCGUCCAAAAAAAAUCGAACCCAAAAAAGCGCAUCUUAAGAGCAUCGCCUGCUUCCUCAGAGCAGGUCAAACUAUCAGCUUUAAAUGUCACCUGGUCCAAAGUUUCCAAUUCUUACUGCACAUCUUUGUCCCCUGUAUUUUUGGGAGGGAUGUGUGUCUUUUACAGGGUUUUUACUCUCUGUUUUUUGCUAUUUCACACUGUGACGUUUGCCGUGAGUUCUAACAGCGAGUUGUAUAUAGUCGACAUGUUAAUAUUGUUUAUGUUACGGUACAUACAUGUUCAACUGACUGCUGUCGUUUUGAUAGCCGUGUUAAGCUCACAUACUCUAUAUUGUGCCAUUUUUUCUGUUCAUUACUCUGCUAUAUUUUGCAAAUAAAACCAUGUUGUCUUCA